AAAACAUAUUUAUCAUGAACCUGAUAUAAAUAUUAUUUCGAAUUCUUCUCAAAAAUUAUCAGUUGAAUAUCGUUAUGUUCGUCAUUUAUUACAAAAAACUCGACGUAUAUUAUUCGAAACAAAUGAAAAAAUCUCAUUUAUAAAAUCAUUAUUAUAUAAAAUUUAUCGUCCAAAUAAAUAUUUUCAUUAUUCGAAACAGAUAUUAAAUAUGUAUAUAAUUGCAUUUAUGUUAACUUAUUAUUUAACAUUUAAUAUUUUACAAGCUGGAUUUUAUAUUAUUGAAAAACUUUAUAGUAUAUUUGCCAUACCAUUACUUGUUCUAACUGAUGAACUUGAUUUACCACAUCCACAAGCAUUUAAUCUUAAAUAUGAAAUGAUAAUAGCAUGUUUUUUAACAGCUAUUGUUUAUUAUGGACAAUUAUUAUGGGGUAUGAAAAGUUAUCAAAAACAUAUGAUUGAUUCUUAUAAAGGAAUUUUUAUUGAUAUUCCACCGCGAACAGCAUUUAAGAGUGCACAACUGAUAUCAAAACAUGCACAUUAUCCAGGAUAUUGUCUUGCUUAUCUUGGUUUUGCUUAUAUAUCAUUGGGAAAUAUUGUUUUCAUUACAAUUAUUAUUUUACGUGUUCUUUUCAAACAAAUUUUUCUUGUUGAACAAGUUGCGAAAGUGCUUAUACCUAUAUUAGUUCUUUAUUUAUUAAAAUUCAUAUUAAUGUGGUUUCUAUCAAGAACAUUUUUUCUACAAAAACAUGGAAAAACGAUGGCAUUGAAAAAUCUUCGAGCAUUUUUUAUAUUUAAUUAUUUUAAUUUCUUCUUCGAUUGUUUUCUUGGUAUUGUUUCAUGCAGUCUUCGUGUAACAAAAGCAUCGAUAGCUGCAGUUCUAUUUUUACCUCGAUUAGAUUAUUGUAUAUUUGGACGUACAUUAGAAAAAAUGGAUUCUGGUUUUAUAUCCUAUGUAUCAUUUAUACAUAUGGAAUGUCUUCAUACACAUCCCGUGCUUGUUUAUUAUUGUUCAUUAGUUUGUGAAAAAAUUGAAAGACGUGAACAAUAUCUUCGUUCAAGUAAACGAGAAAUGCGUAAUAUAGAAAUGGAAGCAUAUAAACGUCGUCAACGUGCAAUAUUUCGUUGGUGGUUAGGUUAUACAUUAAUACGAAAUACGCAAUUAACACAACUAAGAAAACAUCAAGUUGGUCAUUUACAAUUACAAUCAGCAGAAAGUUUUAAUGAAUUUUUAGAACGAAAAUUUUUUAAUCGUUUUCAAUUACCACAAACAACAAAAUUUACAUUAACAAGAAGUCGACGAGAUUUACAUGCAGAAGGAACUAUGGAUUCAAAUACGAUUAUACGUAAUAAUACAACAGCAUGUACUACUUUAUUACUUGAUGUUGAUGAACAUGAUGAUCGAAAACCAGGGUUUUGA